AUGGCGUCUCUGUAUAAACUUAGAUGCACAAUUGUUGGGCAUGAUAAUGAUGUCCGAGCUCUCGCUACUUGUCCUCAACUUGGUGAUACAAUUAUCUCUGGAUCCAGAGAUAGAACAUCUAGAAUCUGGACUUCCAAAGAAAAUGAUGUUGGAUUUGAUCAGGACCAUGCAAUGCGGGACCAUAGUAAUUUUGUGGCUUCUGUGUGUAUUGUACAACCAACCAGCAUAUAUGAACAAGGACUAAUCUUAACUGGCAGUAAUGAUAAUCUUAUCAUUGUCUACAAUUUGCAAACAUAUGAGAAGCUUUACCACCUGACUGGGCAUGAGGGAACUGUUUGUACUCUGGCAGUUGGAAAAGCCGGCACCAUCAUCAGUGGAUCCUGGGAUAAGACUGCAAAAGUGUGGAUCAAAGAGCGUUGUGUCAUGACGCUUGUAGGCCACGAUGCUGCUGUGUGGGCAGUUUGUGUUCUUCCAGAACAAGGUCUUAUGUUAACUGGUUCUGCUGAUAAGACUAUUCGUGUGUGGAAGGCUGGAAGAUGUGAAACUGUAAUAACUGGUCAUACUGAUUGUGUACGAGAUCUUGCUAUCCUGAGUAAUGGUCAAUUUUUGUCCUGUUCCAAUGAUUGUACAAUCCGUCGGUGGCUCACAACUGGAGAGUGUCUUCACGUUUAUCAUGGCCAUGACAGCUUUGUAUACAGCUUGUCUGUUCUUCCAAAUGAUGAUGGUUUUGUGUCCACAGGAGAGGACAAAACUCUACGUGUUUGGCACAAUACAACUUGCAUUCAAACUAUUAACCAUCCCUGCCAUUCAGUUUGGACUGUCUGUGUCCUACAUAAUGGUGACCUUGUGACUGGAGGAAGUGAUGCAAUGAUCCGUGUCUUUACUCAAUGUCCUGACCGAAUGGCAAGUGCUGAAGACCAAAAGGCAUUUGAUGAACUUGUAAAUGCUAGUAAUGUUCCAAGUAAAAUUGCAGGAGUUAAAUUGGAGGAUAUUCCGGGUAUGGAAUGUUUACAAAACCCUGGUGUUCCCGGUCAGCAACGAAUGGUUAGAUCAGGUGACAAAGUGAUGAUGUACAAUUGGAACAGUGAAACUAAUCAGUGGGACCUGUUGGGAGAUGUGACUGGUUCCGGUUCUGAUUCACAUUCCUCAACAGGAAAGACUUUGUACCGAGGGAAGGAAUAUGAUUAUGUGUUUAGUGUAGAUAUUGACCCCAACCUCCCAGCUUUAAAACUGCCUUAUAAUUUGAAUGAGGAUCCAUGGAUGGCUGCUCACAACUUCCUGCAGACAAAUGACCUUAGUCCGAUGUUUCUUGACCAAGUGGCAAAUUUCAUUAUCAAUAACAUCAAAGGAGCCAAAUUGCAACAAGGAGAUACCUCAGCCUUUUGUGAUCCAUUCACUGGAACUUCACGUUACAUACCAGGUAACCAACCUGUGAAUACUGAUUCUAAUAAUACAGCUACUCAGAAUGAAUACACUUCUAAGCCUACAGCUAAUGAACCCACCGCUAAACCUGAGGCUGCUUGCUACUUCCCCAUGCUAACCUACCUCACUAUAGAUACUGCAAAUGUAAAACAAAUUAUAGAUAAGUUAUCAGAGUUCAACGAGAAAGUUGGUGACCCUUUUCAAGUCCAUACGACUGUCUUUCCGGGACUAUCCGAAUUAAUUGCUGGAAAGGAAACUGUAAGCAGUAUGUCAACUUUGAAGCAACUGCUAAAAUGGCCCAAAGAAUACAUCUUUCCUGCUUUAGAUGUUUUAAGGAUUUCAAUCAAGUAUCCACAAACCAAUGACUACUUCUGUUCUCAUGGAAAUAGUAAAGAACUUCUUGACUUUCUAAUGGGAUUCAUCUGCGAUCAGACAGCUACCACUGCCAACAAAUUGCUCUCCUUGCGUAUCCUCUGCAAUAUGUUCGCUCAAAAGGACAGUGAAGAAGCUUGCAUUGGUGAAAAGGAUUCCAUCUUGUCAGGAAUGAGAAACUGUAGCAAUGGUGCUACCAAGAGCAUUCAGAUUGCGUAUUGUGAUGUUGCAGUCAUGGAAUCCAGCAGUGGUGGCAGUUUUCCAAAAAUCAUGGUCUUUCGACCAACAAUGGAAGAAUUCCAAGACUUCAACAAGUACAUUGAUCAUAUGGAGUCUCAAGGAGCUCAUAAAGCUGGAUUAGCUAAAGUAAUACCUCCUCCAGAAUGGACCCCAAGACGGUCAGGUUAUGAAAAUGUUGAUCUCCUCGUUCCAGCCCCAAUCACUCAAGUAGUGAGUGGCUGCCAAGGCUUGUACACUCAAUAUAACAUACAGAGGAAAGGUAUUCAUGUAAAGGAAUUUGAGAAACUUGCUAACAGUGAUCGACAUCAUACACCCCGUCAUGCUGAUUAUGAAGAACUUGAAAGAAAGUAUUGGAAAAAUAUCACCUUUGUGUCUCCUGUGUAUGGAGCAGAUAUUUCAGGAAGUCUUUAUGAUGAUGAUCAAGAUUAUUGGAAUAUUAACAGGUUGGGGACAAUAUUGGAUCAUGUCAAUGAAGACUAUGGAAUUAAAAUUGAAGGUGUUAAUACUGCCUAUCUUUAUUUUGGUAUGUGGAAAACUACAUUUGCUUGGCAUACAGAGGACAUGGAUUUAUACAGCAUCAAUUACAUUCAUUAUGGAGCCCCAAAAUCUUGGUAUGCUAUCCCACCUGAACAUGGAAGAAGACUGGAGCGACUUGCUCAAGGUUUCUUCCCUUCAAGUUUUCAAGCCUGCCCUGCAUUUCUGCGUCACAAAAUGACAUUAAUAUCUCCACAUAUCUUGAAGAAGUAUUCUAUUCCUGUGAAUAAGAUUACACAAGAGGCAGGUGAAUUCAUGAUCACUUUCCCCUAUGGUUAUCACUCAGGAUAUAAUCAUGGUUUUAAUUGUGCAGAAUCUACCAAUUUUGCUACACCUCGGUGGAUUGAAUAUGGAAAGCGAUGUUUACAGUGUACUUGCCGGAAAGAUGGUGUGAAAAUCAGCAUGGAUACAUUUGUUCGUAGAUUCCAGCCAGAACGUUAUGAACUCUGGAAAAAAGGCAAGGAUAUUGGGCCCCAUCCUGAGGAUCAUACAAGAGUAACACAUUCAAGGCAAAGUGGGGACAAAAGAACAGCCUUUGAAGCUAAUAGUUCUGGAACAGUGUCCACAAAAAGGCAUCCAGUCACUAAACUUGAGAACAUGAAAAAGAGGGGUCGUCCUCCUGGCAAAAAAGAGAAGGACAUACUUUGGAAAGAGAUAACUGAAGAAGAGAUUCGACAGGCCAUGUCUGAAACUGCCGAAGAACCUGUGGGAAAGAAACUGAGUCCAAUUCCUGCAUCAACUGCCAUAACAAAAGCAAUCACUUCAAAUGCUCAAUCAAUUCUUAAUGUUGGCACUGGUAAAACUGAAGGAACUUUCUCAACACAAAAUGUUUCUUCUUUCUCUUCUGCAGUGAUUGCUUCACAAAGGAAUGGAACAAAUGUGAUGGCUAAUCAGAUACAAACCACUAACAAUGCCUCCUAUCUAAAUCUAGGACUUGCUAAUACACCUAAUAUUGUCACAAAUGUUGCACAGUAUGACAACCAAUCUUUAAUUGUUUCACAACCAAUCAGUGAGGUAGCAUCCGCAUCAGUGGGAAUGCAGGCAACUGGAAAUAUGUUUGAAGUGCAGAACCAAUCCUUAGUUGGUAUCAAUACAAAUAUGUGUAACAUCUCGUCAUCCGGUGCACAGCAAAUGUAUAGUAAUAUAUCCUUAAUCACUUCAAAACCUGGUCGAGCCCAAACAGCUGUUGUCAGUUCACCAAUGUCUGUGUGUGGCUCAAUUCCCUCCAUUGGAAUCAAGCCAUGCCAGCCAAACCGAACUUGUCAGUUGAAGGAUCUUAACAGUGGAACAACUGUUGAACCUUUGUCCUCUGCUCCUCUCACUCACAUUAUCAACCAAGAUGGUCAGGUUGGUCAAACUCAGUUUGUCUUACAAGGUGUGCGCCAAAUCCAACCUGUGGUUCAACAAAUUCAGUCGGGAGCCCGCUUAAAGGUUCAAAAUUUCUCCCCUGUUACAGUAGAUAAUGGUCAGGUGCCUAAUAGUAAUAUGGCAAUGGCAAGUCCUGCUAACAACCAACAUUUUGUCAGUUCAACAAUAACUCCUGCCAGCAAGGUUAACUCUGCCAUGGCUGCAGUUCAUAAAAAAUCCAAAACCCCACAAAUAGCAUCUCAGCGUUUGCCUUCUGUUCAGAAAUCCAACCAUCCUACCAUGCAACCAUUAUCCUCACCUAAUACAUCCACUAAGUUUAACUUCACUGGUUAUCCAACCAGCAUAUCUAGUCCUGAAAAUUGCAAUAACAUGCAGUCUAUUUCCUCUGAACUAAACCUGGAGACACCAAACACCACCCUAUGCUCUGCUGCCAACAGUACAUUUACUGGUAGUUUGGGCAGUGGCUCACUGUCAUCUCCAAACUUUCAGACCAACUUGAAAAAAUCUCCAUCAGCUGUAGUAGCUGAGGCUUUGCCAAUUCCCUCGCUCAGUGCAGACACGUUGACUGCUUGUAUGGGACUGACAGGCACCAACAAUUUCAGCAUUCUUGGUAAGGGUAUGUGGCAGAGUACAUAUGUUCAGAGUAAUGAAAGCUCUGAGGGCUCGGACAGUGACCAGCGCUCAAAGCUGACCCUCACUCCAAAACCCCUACAAAUCUCACCCAAAGGUACACAGCCUGCCUCUAAAAAAGAAAAGAAGACAUACAAAAAGAAAACUGAGUCAUCUGGAGCAAGUCCAGAAAUUACACCACAGCAACAGUCUGAUGUUAAAACGCCCCCUGAAGCUGAAGAUGAUGCUACAGGUGCUAAAAAGAAAAGCAAUACAAAAAAGAAAAAAUCAGAAAAAUCAAAAGGAGAUAAAGAAAUCCCAUCUUCUAGUAGCAGCACAAACAGCAAUUUGUCUCAGAGCAGAUCUCCCACUCCCAAGCCAAGAAAGCUCACUACAGACUCAGAUUUGCAAUCCGAUUCAGUCACUUCUAUUAAUGAAGUCCAUGAGAUUAAUGAACCUUGGGCUAAGCACCUUAUUGGUUUGUGGCAGGAUUGCCCUUUCAACUUUGAUUUAGAAAUCAAAUAUAACAGGUACAUGUCCAGGCAGGAACCUCGCUGUUCAGUGUGUUCCCUCUUCAAACCAUUUGAGAUGGAUGAAGAAUUUGAGAUGAAGGAUCUUUCAAAGAAAACACAUGGAAAGAACCACAAAAACUUGCCAAAACAAAGUCUGCCUGUGAUACCUGAGAUCUGUUUUGCAAUAAGCUCAGAAAAUCCAAAUCCAAAUGAAGACGAAUCUCCCUUUGAUGAAGAUUCACAAAGCAAUCUUUUACAAUGCCAAGUGUGCAAAGUUUGUGUUCAUGCAAAAUGUUAUGGAGUAGAUGAAUCAGUUGAAUCAUCCAGUUGGAAAUGUUUGCGUUGUGAAGAAGAGGAAUUUUCUGCAGAAUGUACAUUGUGUUUCUUGCGUGGUGGUGCCCUGAAAGCAACUACUGAUGGUCAGUGGUGUCACAUUGUUUGUGCAUUGUCCUUACCUGAUGUUUCCUUUCAAAGCAUCAAUUUUCGAGGACCAGUUGAUAUCAUGAAGAUCUCACAAAAAAGAGCCAAACUGAAAUGUUGCUUUUGCUCCCCUAAAGUAAAACAAAAUGGUAAAUCUGGAAGCUGUGCUCAAUGUUCAUCUGGUCGCUGUACACUCUCCUUUCACAUUACAUGUGCCCACGCUGCAGGAGUGAUGUUUGAAACCAGUGAUUGGCCAUUCCCAAUUUAUAUAACUUGUCAGAAACAUGUCAACCACAAAGAAAAGGCACGUCGCCGAAAUAUGCCUGCUCUGAAGAUCUCAGACAGAGUAAUUGCUAAACAUAAAAAUGGCAGGUAUUACAAGGCAGAAAUUUCUGCUGUACGAAACCAGACUUUCUAUGCCGUUGACUUUGAUGAUGGUUCAUUCUGUGAUAAUCUCUUCCCAGAGGAUAUCCAGGAAAGGGAUUGUGUUGCUGAAGGUCCUCCAGAUAAUGGCACAGCUGUGAAGGUAAAAUGGCCAGAUGGCAUCAUCUAUGGUGCUGUCUUCCGUGGUCAAAGUUCUUGUAUGAUGCACACAGUGGAGUUUGAAGAUGGAUCUGAAUUGACUUUUAAAAGAGAAGAAUUAUGGAAAGAAACAGAAGAUCUUCCUAAGUCAGUCAAAUCAAGACUGUCUAUUGCCACUGAGCGGAAAUAUGAUAUUUUCUACAAUGAUGAGAUCAUCACUAAGAACCGUCGUCCAAGACCAAAGAACCGGUCCUUCUCCAUUUAUGCUUUGUAA